AGUUACCUUCGCAAUUGAAUUACUCUUGUACGAUGUGGUACGCAUGUAUACCAAACAUUUCGGUUCGAAUUACAUCUGAGUUUCGACUCUAUAUAGAUCUAUGUUUACAUUAUAUACAUUCUUGAAUGUUUUCGGUCGUGUAAAGUUAGAAGAAUGUGAUAAAGUUGAAAUCUAACGAAAGUCACAAUGAAUUUUAAUUUUUUAUUAAAAGGUGAACAUUUUUUAAGUAUAUGUGCAAUGGUCACAUUUCUUCCAUCUGUUGUAUGGAGUGAAAAUAUGAUGCCUCCAUAUGAUGCUAAAUAUCAAAUAUUAGUAACAUCAAUCAAACCCGAUGAUGCGACGGCAUUACACACCAAGGAUAACCUUGGUUUUUUACAUGCAUUUAUAGCUUCUUUGUCAGUUAUUAUUGUUUCUGAACUGGGUGACAAAACUUUUUUCAUUGCAGCAAUUAUGGCAAUGAAACAUCCACGAAUGAUUGUUUUUGUAGGAGCAAUUUGUGCUUUAGCUCUUAUGACCGCUCUUUCAGUGAUUUUUGGGUAUGCUGUAACUAUAAUUCCUCGAAUCUACACAUAUUAUAUUUCUACUGCUCUUUUUGCUAUAUUUGGUUUGAAAAUGUUGCGAGAUGGUUAUUAUAUGUCAGCAGCAGAAGGACAAGAAGAGUUAGAAGAAGUACAAUCUAAUUUACAAAAACGUGAGACUGAGUAUGAAAAAGAAGCAGGAAGCACAUUAGUGCAGGAUCCAGAAACUGGUGUUAUUAGAAAAACUGCAAAAAUUACUGCAGUGAUGCUCCUUAGGAUAUUUAUUCAAGCAUUUUCUCUUACAUUCCUAGCAGAAUGGGGAGAUCGUUCUCAACUUACAACUAUUAUACUUGCAGCCAGAGAGGAAGUUUAUGGAGUAAUCAUAGGUGGAAUAUUGGGACACAUGUUCUGUACAGGAUUGGCAGUAUUAGGAGGUAGAAUGAUAGCUCAAAAAAUUUCAGUACGAACAGUGACUAUAAUUGGCGGAUUAGUGUUCCUAUUAUUUGCCUUCACAGCAUUGUUCAUCAGCCCUGCAGAAAAUGUAUAAAGACAUUCACAGUAUUCGUCUUGUAUAAAAUUUCAUUUAUGAUUCUCUGGUCCAGACCAUCAUGCUGACAUGAAAAAUUUUAAAACUAGUGUAAAGAAAAUUGAAGUAACAGAAAGUAGUAUUCUUUUGUAUAGCACUAAAGUAAGUGACAUUUGCAAUAAGUAUUAUUUUAACCCUUUGUAUAAUAAACAUGUGGGACUUAUGGUACAGUUUGCAGGCCAAACAUAAGAAAUAAGUCUUAGCCAUGUAGUUGAACUUGUUAAAUAAAUUUGUAUCUAUUUGCCAUACUCAUGGUUAGUACCAACUACAAGUGCUCGUGUAAACAAUACAUACUCGCUAUUUUGUACUAUUUUUCUUUAAUUUGAAUACACUGAAAAAUACAUAACAUUUCCAACAGCGAACAUAUAGAUAUAAAAUGUAACAGUUGUUUCUUUUUAUUUGUAUGAUCCUAAAAACUAUGCUAAGUACGACCUCCGUGAAAUGUAUACUAUCGA